CGAUCGAGCCAGCCUCACUUUUCUGAGUGGCUGCCAUUCUUCAUCGUGUGUUGGUGAUUGGUGUUGAUUAGAGUGAUUGGAUUGCCUGAUUUUUGGUGGGAUUUUUUCAUAUUAUUUCCUUUUUGUCAACUACCUAAUUAUUAUCUCGUCACCUGAUGCGUGCUAAUCUUCCCAUCUCUACGAUGUGUGUAUGCGUGCGUAUGUAGCUGCGAGUGCGUAUACAAUAACAGGUGGCGCUUAACGGCCAGCAAAUAAACCAUUUGACCUGAAGUUGAAAUAACUCGAAGCGUCUACACGGCGAACCCUGUUCAACUUCUCAAGUCUCGGCCUAAUCUGAGCUCAUAUGUUCCUGUUGUAUCUCGAUGUCGCAAGUCUCGGCAAGAGUCUCUAAUGGAGCAAAGAUCAUCACCAUUUCGUUCGUCAUCCUGGAUCCGCAUAAAUUAGCCUGCAUCGGUCCGGCUUAAUCAUUGUCAAUGUAUACGUAUACAUUGUAUUCUCACAGUUUUUCUUGGUUCUGAGUAAGGAGUAGACAGAGGGUCAAGGGAGAAGGUCAUCGCUGUCUACCCUCUCGAGGUGGUUUUUACCUUUACCUCAAACGUAGGUCAGCCUUAAUCUCUAUGCCAGCAUAGGAUGCCGACGAACCCGCUCCGCUGUGCUGCAUUUGCUGCGGGAGUGCUCACAGUUUGCGCCGGAAAUGGCUAAAUGGAGGGCCAUUGGGAAGAUAUUCACAGCGAAAACCACCAUCACCACCUCGAAGAAUCCGUCGUCACGAUCGCACUCGCUCUGAAGCACUGCAGCCAACCAGGACUAGAGACGAAACAAGGUGGUUCCAACGACGACGAAUUAGAAGACCGUACGUCUUUUCGGGUUUCACCAUCGCCUCGACAACAAACAGCGCUCGUACAUCAGAGGACGUCCUGCAAGAGAAGCCUACUUUUUUGGUUAUUAACGCUGGUGAUUUUGGCGGUAACGUGUUGUAGUUCUGCCAUUUACGGCGCCUUGUUGAAACAGGGCGGCGAAGAGUCGGAAACGGGGUCAACUUUAUACCGGCGUCUGCUCAGAAACCCGUCGGAAGUUGUAUCCGAACCACGAAGCCACAACCGUCGGAUCAUCGCGGCUGCCGGUGACUACGGGCAUAAUCAAAAACAAAAACUACGAGUUCCUAGUGACGGUCCUCAGCGUCAGAACCCUAUGGCCGCCACCGAGGGCGACGAUAUGUGGUACUUACAGCGUCUUGAAGCUGAAUUAUUACCCGGAGUGGCGAGUGGAACAAGGGUGGGUGUCGGCAGAGCUGGAGCCGAGACCGAAAUCGCCGCAGAAAUCAGUGCUGACUCGAAAGUCAACGUCUCCGCCAAGAGACGUCAACGUCUGACAUCUGACACUGACGUCGAUGUAACUAAGCAAUCAGAGCACCCAAAAGCGUCAUCGCUUGUGGCGUUCUCCAGCCGCCGAAAUUGGCAUCGCACGCGUCUUGUCGCGGCGACAAUAACUACAACGGAAGCAGCACUCACGUUGAUACGAAGGCAGUCCAAAAAAACCGGUACGUCUCGAAUCCGAAAAACAAGUACAACAAACGCAACCCUAACGGCGAGAGGGAUAGCGCCGUUAAGCAGAAAUGCAGCAAUCGUCACUACAGAAAGGAGCGACACUUCAACGCCUGUAGCAUUUACCACUGUGGAUCCGCUAACGACUUUCUUCAUAUCAAGAGUUCUGGAAGAAGCGUUCAAUGAUCCGAAAGUGACGAAUAGAAGACCAGAGACUGUUGUUGCUGCUGAAAGGACGAGCAGCAGCCCAAACGUAAAAAACGCACAAUUUGUUCCAAUUACAAAAAGCCAAAGGCGGUCGCCGCAGGCGGCGAUCGACCACAACACGAAGCGUAAAUGCAAACGGAAGCAUCGAGUUCGGUCGCUACCGAACGUGGGUCACAAUCGGCGAGGACGGUUGAGGAAUAUGUGUUCCAUGGGACUCGUUUGCAUUGGACGCAAGCAUAGUAACGUCACUGCACCGUCUAAGGGAUGCCAAAACGAAUUUGAUCAACUGAAUAUACGGGCCUUGGCUAUGGACAGUGAAUCAAAAUUCACUAUUGUGUCACUCCAGGGAUUACACUCAAAAAGGGCAUUGUGCUUUAACCGUCAAGGAGCACUUGUUGCAAGGAGACUCGGACCAAAAGUUCCUCCUUUGUGCCAAUUUAUAGAGGAGCCAAGUUCCGACCACCGGCUGAGGUAUCGGUCACGGAAGAUCGAACCCUGGCGUCUUUCCUUCGAUUUUGACGGAAACCCGAGAUCAUACUGCCCGCUGAAGUAUAGCAAAUGCACACAUGACCUACGUCCGAUCAGAAAUCAUCGCCACUGCACGAAGUUCGCAUUCGUGCAAUGGAAACCGCCUAUGUCGGGCCUGACCGAUAAGCAAAUGCUGGAUAUCCUGCACAAAGCGCACCCCGAUCAGGGAAUCAAGACAAAUUAUCAUGACCAGUCGUGAUGAAAAUAGAAGACCUACAGCAUCCGUUUUAUAAUGUAUAUUUAUUCACCGUGUCCUCGUCUGAUGAUGAGGACCUGCUGCCAAUGAGCGAGUGCGCAUAAUGAUCUGUAAUUUAUUUAUUUAGCGAGAAAACAGAAUUACUAGGAUUAAUCAACGAGUGAUAGAGUAUCAAUGGAAGAGAAAAAGGGGAGGCCAACGUAUGCAAGACGAAAUCAGAGCAACGUAAUGUGAGCGCUCUAAAUUGUAAUCGAUUUAAACGAUAUUAAUUAUAACAGAACAAUAUUACACAAAACGAUAUGUACCUUAGAACUUCUUCUGAGAGAAGUUGUCCGGCACAAUUUAAGAAAAUACUUGUUCGGCGUGUAAGGCCACACGGCAUCGUAACUUUCUAAGUCCCCCUAAAAUCUGUUUGCCUCACAGCGUGGCCACUACACCGACAAAAAGCCUUGUAUGCACGCCUUCAACAAGGGACGAAUGAGCCUACUGGUUUAAAAUUGCAGGCCGGGGCAUAUCAGUACACUUUUCUGAUAUGUAGAUUAUAUUAGUACAAAACAACAAUUACCAUUUUGGCCGCUUGUCAAGAGACAUUUUAUUUUGCAGGAAAAAAUCAUUGACAAAGCAAUUAUGCUCGUCUGAGGGGUAUAUGGGGCGACGGUGUUGGGAAAUGCCAGCCGCUGCGUGCUGGGGCUAGUCAUUCGGCGACAAACAACUCAUUGUUUGUUUGGCCGUACGCUUUUUUAAGGGAGAGACUAACCGAACAGCCUGCCAACGUAGUCAAUGUCACGACAGCAUUGUCACUAGGACAAAUCAGAGGAAAGACAGGAAACACAAAAAAGAAUGGGACAAAGUACGCAAAAAUUAAGAUACAGAAGUAUAUUAUGAAUUAGCACCAAAUAAAAUACAAAAAUAUGAUGAACAUUAAGAUAUUAAAAGUGUAUAUGGUAGAACAGGGCGAAGUACGCCCUUUCCUCUUCCGAGAAUCUCGUGUCCGAAGAAAACGUUUCCGAUCUCGCCCACCCUGUGGAUCAGGGGAGUGGAGUUACAUUGAACAUAAGCGUCAAUGGGAUCAUCAUUCAUCCAUCUUACUGAAAUUCGUAUUAUUAUUAUUAUUAUUAUUAGUAUUACCCUUAAGAUCUGUUAUGAAAAAGAACCAAUUUAUUAUACCAAGCCACACAUUAAUUAUUGUCAUGAAAUACACUUGUUCCUCACCACAACUCUGGCAAAAAGGGGAAAAGAGCAAGGUGUGUGAUGUAAGACUUAUAUGUGUGUUCAUGUGUUUUCAGCAACGAUAAAAAGAAUCGAACGACUGUUAAGAGUACAUCUGUAAAAAGAGUAUAACUGUUUAUCUCCCCGUCAAAUUAUAUUCAAAUUGACGUGGUGCAUGGCCGUUCACAAAGAUGGAACCAAUUAUAUCUCGGACUCUCUCACCUUCUUAGCGGUACAAAAAAAAUCUAUCUCGUCACCUAAAUUUCGCUGCUCUUUCCACCCUACCUUUCCAGACGGUAGAGUUGAUUAAGAACGCUUGAAGGUGGCUGAGGUUUAUAAGGGAAAUGGCAAAUACAUUUCCAGCAUCACUUCGAUCAUUACUUUCAUAUCACUAUUAUUAUUAUUUCUAUUGUUGGUUUUUAAGGCAUCGUUCUCGCACCCAGGACAUCAUUCCAAGCAUUAGUUAUUAAUAAAUAAUGUAUUAUUGCCAAAACAGGGGCAAGCUAGACAAAUUGAAGAAAUCGAUUUUCUACGCUGUUUUAUUUCACGCGAGAGACACAUAUGCAGAAGAUACAUUUAUACUACUAUAGAUUCUGCUGUCGAUGAAAACUUAUGCUUAUAUAUAUAUAUAUACAGCAUCUUUAUUCGUAUGUAAACCGCAUAUACAGCAUCAUACUACAGUAAUAAUAAAAAGAAGAAUCAAGAAAAACGAUAAGCUGAAGCCGAACGCGAACAAACGACAACUUUGGGAAGAGAUAAUCGAAAUAAAGAUUUACUCUAUUGCCUUAUCAGUUCCCCCCGCUGUAAUCAGUGAAUUAAUGCCUGGAACGUCAUGAAGCACCGUAAUGUGGAAAUAGGCAUUUUUCAACGAACUAGUUUAGUUUAUAGCCUAUAGAUAGGCAUGAUAUAUGUGCGGUAUCUUUAUAAUCGAUUAGCUGAUUGUCUGUGCGAUAAAAAAAAACUCGACUGAAGUGUAUGGUUUGCAGUAUGCUAGAGUGUAGAAAUGGCAAGAAGCCGUAUAUUAAACAAGGCCGAAAAUAUCUGUUAAACUAAACGUGUACGCCUUGGUCGAAAUGGCCGUCAUUGUUAGUGUCGCGAGCGUCCAGCGAGAGCGCUGUAUAACAGACUCAGAGCGGCCCGAGGUGCUCUAUUACUGAACACACCAUCAGCAUAGGCCAAGCCCACUGUGUAUCAUACAAACAAAACAUAUGCAUAAAUAUGAUAAUGAUGAUAUAACAGUAAUGAAUUUAAUUAAACAAACACCAGUUAUUGAAGAAUAAUUUUAACUCAAAUUAACAUUCCGGAUACGUUCACCGAAGGACAGUUGGAAAUAUGGUGUCCAAAAACAGCAGCGGAAAAAACGAGCAGCGUUUCGAAAACCGCGAAGAACGAGUGGGUACAGCUGAAUUGUCAUUGUGAUUGGCCCCGCCUAUCGAAUUAUUGAUAUGGUGUUUGGAUGGGGAUUGGUAAAAAGCGGGCCGCCACGUCCCUGUAUAGAAUAAAUAUGAGUAAGUGAGUUAUGAAACAUAUAAUUGUAUGAGAUAAUAU